UUUAAUGAAAUCAGAAUACAAUUCUAGUUUUCUCACAUGGUAUCACGAGCCCUAGUCUAACGACUUUUCUCUCUCUAGUCUAACGACCUCUCUCUACAAAUUUUCUUGUGAUUUUCUUACUUGCCAAACACCUUUCUUCGAUCACUUUCUCAUGGCUCCUUUGACCAAUUCUGAUGCGGCUCCUCUUCCGCCGCCCUCUUCUUCCUCUUCCCCCAAUUUUUCUGCUGAUUCACCAUUGCAAACUCUGUGAGCUCGGUGACUGUUCAGAACAUCGCUGGUAUGGUUCCAAUCAAGCUGAAAUCUGGAAAUUAUCUGCUGUGGAAGAAUCUUUUUCUUCCUGUGCUACGCAAAUUCAGACUUCUUGGUCUUAUCAAUGGCGUUGAACCUUCUCCUCCGCGUACCAUCGUUUCUUCUACAGGCGCUGUUGUUGCGAAUCCACAAUUUGAUCUCUAGUAUGAUUGCGAUCAAAGCCUCAUGAUCUGGCUUAUUUCAACUCUCUUUGAAGAUCUUCUCUCACAUAUUGUGGGUAUUGAAUCUGCUCAAGAUUUGUGGAAUCUUCUUGAAAGGCGUUUUUCUGGUGUCUCUCGAGCCAAUAUUCAUCAACUACGUUCUCGUCUUCAAAGCAUUUCUAAAGGCGACCUGUCUAUGGAUUCAUAUCUUCAAUCUAUGAAGGAAAUUGCUGAUGGCUUAGCAGCUGCUGGUCAAUCGUUGUCGGAAUCAGAUCUCGUUGCCUAUGAAUAUGACUCUUUCAUUACUUCAAUCGAGACAAGAAUUGCACCUGUUACACUCGAUGAAUUACAUGCUCUUCUCCUCAGCCGUGAGACUGCAAUUCUCAAACGCAGAACUCGAUCCACCACUGCGGUUGCUACUGAGCCUUUUCAUGCUUACGCUGCUACUUCUGGUUCUUCUCGCUCAAAUUUCAGAGGCGGCCGUGGUCGUGGUCGGUUCCAUUCCAAUUCUGGUUCUCAAUUUCAUUCUCGUGGUCAUCAUUUCACUGGCACCAACAACUCCUCUGGACGAGGCCUUUUACCUACGCCGUCAUCUUCUUUUUCUGGCAACACCUCCAAUGGUACCAACUCCACUGGUUUCUUCUACAAUUCUUCAGGAUUCUCUGCUGAUCGUUCCAUGACUUGUCAAAUUUGUGAGCGCAAGGGUCAUUCUGCUCUAACAUGUCGCCAGAGGUUGAAUCUUUCUUACAAUGCUAAUGUGGUUCCUGCCAUAUUUCAAGCUCCUUCAGCGCACUAUGCUCACUCAGCUUCUCAGCCUACUGAUAAUCUCUGGCUUGCCGACUCUGGUGCUUCGAAUCAUGUUACCUCCAAUAAGAGCAAUCUGAGUCACUCCUCUCCAUACACAGGAUCUGAGACUCUCCGUGUUGGUGAUGGACAAUGCUACACAGAGGAUGCUCUAUCAGGGCCCUUGUGAACAAGGUUUAUAUCCCAUCUACUGCAGCUCAUCAGUUAAAGUUUCACCUCUCUCCUCUGGCACAUCUCCUACCGCUUUCUUAGUCAGUAAGGCUUCUCUUCACACUUGGCACAAGAGGUUAGGACAUCCUCAUUCUGCUGUGCUCAAGACUGUUGUAAAUAGUAAUAAACUUCCCUUAGAGGGUUCUAGCCUUUCUAAGCCCUACUGUACUGAUUGUAUUCUUGGCAAAGCUACCAAGCUUCCUUUUACACCUUCUUCAUCUGUAUCCACUACACCUCUAGAGUUGGUGCACUCUGA